UGGCCCAUAACAGAAUCUAAGCCCCCAUAAAAAUGGAAUCAACCUUUCAUUCGCUCUGGGCGCAUCGCCGGCCAUUGGGUUCGCGGCGCGCAGCCGAACGAAAAAAAAGGCGCUUUUCCGAAAAGCGUUUUCCCCAAGUAAUAAAAAAGCAGCGGCAACCUGUGAUUCUCACCAUCAUCUCCUCCCUCUAUUCAUAGAAUCGAGUAGAGUUUUUGGUUUAAGCCUUAAUACCAAAUGCACUGAACUGGGUUUCCUUUAUAUUCCAUCGCAAGUACUUCCAUAUCGAGAUUCCAGAUUCAAGAAUGGGCCUACGGUUUAAUAUUCUAGCUUGUGUUUUGUUGUUGGUGAAGACAGAAGGCCUUUUUGUGGGAAUUACUUAUGUAGGGAAUGCAGUGGCAAAAGGAGCUGUUUGUUUGGAUGGAAGCCCCCCAGCUUACCAUUUAGAUGAGGGGUUUGGAACAGGCAUUAAUAGUUGGUUGGUUCACUUUGAGGGAGGAGGAUGGUGCAACAAUGUAACAACUUGCCUGGCCCGCAAGAAUACCCGUUUAGGUUCAUCUAAGCAAAUGGUCACACAACUUGCUUUCUCUGGGAUUUUGAGCAACAGGCGGCAAUUUAAUCCAGAUUUCUACAACUGGAAUAGAGUUAAGAUCAGAUACUGUGAUGGGGCUUCAUUUACUGGUGAUGUGCAGGCAGUCAAUCCUGCUACUAACCUUCACUUCAGAGGAGCAAGGAUUUUUCUUGCUGUCAUGGAGGAUCUACUAGCUAAAGGAAUGAAAAAUGCUGAAAAUGCACUUCUUUCUGGUUGUUCAGCUGGUGGACUGGCUGCCAUUUUGCAUUGUGAUAACUUCCGAGCUCUUCUACCUAUGGGUACUAAAAUAAAAUGCCUUUCAGAUGCUGGUUAUUUUAUCAAUGUGAAUGAUGUUUCUGGAGCACCACACAUACGAAACUUCUUCAGUCAGGUGGUUUCAUUGCAUGGAUCAGCAAAAAAUUUACCUUUUUCCUGUAUUUCGAGAUUAAACCCUGCAUUGUGUUUCUUCCCACAAUAUGUGGUGCAGCAAAUACGAACACCCCUUUUUGUUCUAAAUGCAGCAUAUGAUUCAUGGCAGAUUAAGAAUAUUUUGGCACCGAGCGUUGCUGAUCCUCGUAGCACCUGGAAUGACUGCAAGGUUGACAUGAACAACUGUUCCCCUAUUCAACUCAAAACAAUGCAAGAUUUUAGGUUGCACUUCUUGAGUGCAUUGUAUAAAUCAGCCAACUCUUCUUCCAAAGGAUUGUACAUAGACUCUUGCUAUACCCACUGUCAAACUGAAACACAGGAGACAUGGUUCAUGGCUGACUCUCCCAUGCUUAGCAAAACAAAAAUUGCAAAGGCAGUUGGAGAUUGGUUUUAUGACAGGAUUCCUUUCAAAAAGAUUGAUUGUCCUUACCCUUGCAAUCCAACCUGCCCCAACAAUGUUUUAAAUCAGCCAUAUCACCCGGAAAAGGGACCACGAAAUGGGAGUGCAGCAACAGAACAUUUGAUUUUGGUGAAAUGGGUUUUCUGUUGGUUGAUAGCAGUGCAAAUGGGGUUGGAGUGGGCAUGAAAAAGCGGAUUCAAGAAGCGAAAAGGAUUCAAUAUGGCUCAUGAGCUCAUUGGCCAGCAUCUUCAUACAAUCAGAUGCAUACAAUAUAUCUUGUCAUAGGAGAAUUCCAAAGUUGAUACCACAGAUGAAAGUACUGAAUACAUAGUUUUACCUUACAAAUCAGCUGUAAAUACUUGAAAUUUUAUUAUCUAAGUAUGUUGCCCUCUUGUUUUGUUCUUCUAUAUUUAAUGUAUUCAUGAUGUUUUGCUGUA